AGGGCCAAUCACCACAUUCGAAUCAUCACGAUCUCGCAGUGUGGACCGGGACGCCGGGGCGGUGACAUCCGAAUCAUGAACCAGCUAGACGACCUCCUCACCCAGCUGGGGACCGGCAGGUGGAACAUCCUGCACAUCCUGCUCUUCAGCUACUGGUUCUCGCUACUCUCCUACCACACACUCGGGGGCGUUUUCCUAGCUCCCAAGAUCGACUUCACUUGCCGCCCGCCCGCCGCCAGCCCGCACGCCCGCACCACGAAUGAUUCCUGCGCUUAUUUCGAGGAGGACUCAAGCACAGGCUUCGAGGAGGAGCGGCCGUGCACCGAGUGGGACUUCGACAACUCCACCUUCAGCUCCACCGUUACUUCAGAGUUCGGUCUCGUGUGUGAGAGGGAGUACUUACGGGCCACCUACCAAAGCAUCUACAUGUUAGGGAUCUUCGUGGGAGCUCCACUCAAUGGUAUGAUGGCAGACAGAUUCGGCAGGCUUCCCAUGGUGGCCGUGAGCUCAAUCAUCUACACCGUUAUAGCUAUCGGAUCCUCCUUUCUCUACUCACUUCCGUUCCUGCUUGGCGCUAGGUUCCUGCUCGGUCUCAUGCAUCCGACGUCCCUCCAGACGGGCUACAUCCUCGUGCUGGAGAUGGCGGAACCCAAGUGGCGGUCUGCCCUGGGCGUGAGUUUGUUCCUGUCGUGGGCCAUGGGUACAAUGGCCUGGGGCGGCUUCGCAUACCUGGUGAGGGACUGGCGUUGGCUGCAGCUCACCGUGUCCCUGCCGUGCCUGCUCUUCCUGCCGGCGCUCUUUUUCCUGGACGAGUCUCCGCGCUGGCUGGCCGUGGAGGGGCGACAGGAAAAGGCCCUCCGCAUCCUGAAGAAGGCGGCUAAGAUGAAUCGUGUGGAAAUCCAGUCCGACGAGAAGAUCCUUAGUAUUCUCAAGGACGAUCAGAAGGAAGUCCAAGAAAAAGCUACUCAUGGCAACUAUAAAGACAAAGUUAAAGAAUAUUUUGAAGUAGCUGUUAUUCUCUUCAGGACUCCCCGCCUACGGAUCAUCACCAUCGUCAUGUACUUCGACUACCUGGUGACGGGCCUGGUGUACUUCGGCCUCUCCCUCAGCGGCGGUAAUUUCAGCACCAACCCCUUCCUCUACAUGGCACUCAUGGGGCUCAUGGAGGUGCCAGGCAACACCUUCGUCAUCCCCAUCAUCACGCGCUUCGCCAGGAAGACGCUCAAUAUAUUCUUCUUCGUAAUCAGCGGCGCCGCACUCCUGGCACUGCCCUUCAUCCCUGCAGACCACGCCUGGGCUGCGGUGACCCUGGCGAUGGUGGGCAAGAUGAGCAUCACCUUCACCUUCAAUAUCCUCUUCCUGGUCGCCUCCGAGGUGUUCCCGACGGAGGUCCGGUCGCGGGGCAUGGGCACCUCCUUAAUGAUGUCCCGUGUCGGUGCCAUGGUCGCGCCCUUCGUCACGGAGACCCUGAGUUCCGUCUGCCCUUGGGCCCCCUCUGUGGUAUUUGGCGCGUCUGCUGUGGCGGCUGGAUUGGCAACGCUGGCACUACCUGAGACGAAAGGUGUGGCACUCCCUAACACCAUCAGUCGCUUCGAGGCCAGAUCAAAUACAAAGGAUGUGAUAGAGGACCCUAGAGUUCCUGCAGGAGGCACAGAAGGAGGGAGCGAAGAGAAACAAUUAACCAGUUCUGCUGUAUAGGAAAUCUCUCGGCUGGCGACUAUUCUCGUCAACUACCCUGAUAUAUGCUACUUUUCUAAGCUUAUCAUUUAUGCUGAAAUGGUAUGAGUGAGAAUGAAGAUCUUCACAGAGAUGCAUUGGACUGGUAUCAAUUAUAUAAUCGAAACCGGUGAAAUGCGUCUCUUAUACUGGGAAGAUGUUCAUUCUCGAUAAUACAUUUUUUACAGUUGUCGCAAUGGCCAAAGGUCAUUAUCAAUGUUAUCAUUGUAAUUUUAAUAAUAUUUAUCAUUAUUACUAUUACUGAUAUUAUUUGUAGUUGUUAUUUUAGUGCGAUUGCUAUUAUUAUUAU